AAACAUUAUAAGUAAAUGUAUUUGUGAACUAGCUAAUGUUUUGAAUAAACAGAGACACAGCUUUAUUUUCAAGUAGCACUGUAUCUAUAAAUGAUUGUUUUUAAUCAAUUGUAACUUGAGUAACACUUUUUAUAUGCUGUUUUUAUGCCUAAAAAUAAUGAAUCUUCUCAGAAAAAAACGUUUAAGCCUUUUUUGUUGUCUCCUUGUCAAAGUUACUUAGGGUAAAGAUUUUUGAAAUAGUUGUUGCAGGGUAAAAAAAUCGUAAAAACCAAUUCUACAGAUCAUAACUUCAAAAUAUUUCUAAGUAUACAAUAAAAAAAAAUUACGUGGAUAAUUUUGACAAUGAUAAGACUCAAACAUAUUACCUGAAAAAUAGAACGUUUUAGCGGGGCUUUUAUUUUGAAGGAAGAUUUUGAAACUGUCAAUCUGAGCCGUUUUCACUUCCGGGUCAGUGUCGGUUUCUCAAUUGCUGUCGUUCUGCUGUCAAUUCACACUUCCCCGUGAAUUUUACUUGUCCAAAAUUCUUUUUAAACUCAGCGACUUUGCAACUUCUACCGUCCAAAAGCCAACAUGGUGUUCAAAGUAACUGUCCACGUGUCCUGGAAGACCACACGGACGCUGUGGUUGGUCAUGCUUGUCAGCCUGUGUGUGUCCAUCACUGUUUGCCGAGCAUCAUCCCCUCAGGAAGAGGACAGUGCCAUGGAGAACAUCGUUACGGAAAAAAAGGCAGAGGAGAGCCACAGACAGGACAGCGUGGAUUUGCUGAUCUUCAUCCUGCUCCUCACCCUCACCAUCCUAACCAUCUGGCUGUUCAAGCACCGGCGGUUCAGAUUUCUGCACGAAACGGGGUUGGCGAUGAUUUACGGUUUAAUCGUUGGCGUAAUCUUGCGCUACGCCAUCCAUCUUCCCCGGGAUGUCAGCAACGUCUCCAAGAGUUGCUACGUCAACGCCAGCCCCCCGACUCUGCUGAUCAACGUCAGCGGCAAAUUCUAUGAGUACACUUUGAAGGGAGAGAUCAGUGCCAACGAGGUGAAAGACGUUCAGGACAAUGAGAUGCUGCGCAAGGUCACCUUUGACCCUGAAGUGUUCUUCAACAUUCUGCUGCCCCCCAUCAUCUUUCAUGCUGGAUACAGCUUAAAGAGGAGACAUUUUUUCCGGAACAUGGGGUCCAUCUUAGCUUUUGCAUUUCUGGGGACGGUUAUUUCCUGUUUCUUUAUCGGGUUGCUGAUGUACGGAUGUGUCACGCUGAUGAAGCAGGUGGGACAGCUUCACGGAGACUUCUUCUUCACCGAUUGCUUAUUCUUUGGAGCUAUUGUCUCUGCCACCGACCCAGUGACAGUCCUGGCUAUCUUCAAUGAGCUGCACGUGGAUGCAGACCUGUACGCGUUACUGUUUGGAGAGAGCGUGCUCAACGACGCUGUAGCUGUCGUUCUGUCUUCGUCUAUUGUAGCAUACCAGCCACAAGGAGACAACAGCCACACCUUUGAGGCCACGGCCCUGCUGAAGUCUUUCGGAAUGUUCCUGGGAGUUUUUAGCGGCUCCUUCGCACUCGGCGUGGCCACCGGAGUCUUCACAGCCCUCGUAACUAAAUUCACCAAGCUGAGGGAUUUCCAGCUGCUGGAGACGGCGCUCUUCUUCCUUAUGUCGUGGAGCACCUUCCUGUUGGCUGAGGCUUGUGGCUUCACAGGUGUGGUGUCAGUGCUGUUCUGUGGAAUCACUCAGGCCCACUACACCUACAACAACCUGUCUGCAGAGUCUCAGGACAGGACCAAGCAGCUCUUUGAACUGUUGAAUUUCCUGGCAGAGAACUUCAUUUUCUCCUACAUGGGUCUGACCUUGUUCACCUUCCAGAACCACGUUUUUAAUCCGAUGUUCAUUGUUGGAGCCUUUCUGGCGGUGUUCCUGGGAAGAGCUGCUAACAUAUAUCCCCUCUCACUGCUUCUCAAUCUGGGACGACGCUACAAGAUUAGAUCGAACUUCCAGCACAUGAUGAUGUUUGCAGGUCUGAGAGGCGCCAUGACGUUCGCCUUGUCCAUCAGGGACACGGCCACAUACGCCCGUCGGAUGAUGUUUUCCACAACUCUUCUCGUUGUCUUCUUCACUGUUUGGAUUUGUGGCGGUGGUACCAUGCAGAUGCUGUCCUGCCAGCGUAUACGAGUUGGGGUUGACUCUGAUCAGGAUAACUCUAUGAGUUUCACUGAUGGAUCAGAGAGGAGAAGCACCAAACAAGAAAGUGCCUGGCUCUUCAGAAUUUGGUACAACUUUGACCACAAUUACCUGAAGCCCAUCCUGACUCACAGCGGCCCACCCCUCACAGCGACCCUGCCUCCCUGCUGUGGCCCCCUCGCCCGCUUCCUCACCAGCCCACAAGCCUAUGAGUUGUUGUUGGACUCACAAAUCACAUCCCGGUUAUCUUUCCCCCAGAAUGAGGGCCAGCUGAAGGAUGACGACUCUGACCUCAUCCUGACGGAUGGUGACAUCAACUUGACCUACGGUGACAUAACGGUCAGUACCGACGCCUCAGGUUCCCACACCAGCAGCGGCCUAGGCUACACCGGCGCUGCCACCUCCGAUGACUUGGACAGAGAGUUGGCGUACAGCGAUCACGAGCUGGUGAUGAGGGGCACUCGUCUGGUGCUGCCUAUGGACGACUCCGAACCGCCAUUUACAGACUCCUACCACAAUUUACGGAUGUAACAGCACAGACCCAAACGUUCCCCCAACUGCAACUGACCCGAGCCUCUGGAAGGAACGAUCAGAACCCACUUUCCAACUUUCCCUCAUCUGUUUCGGAUCACUUUGCCUCGCUCCUUCUUUGCUUUGAUCCAAUGCAUUUUCCCUCUUUUUUUUGGCCAAAUCAUUCUCUCUACCUCAUCUCCGUCUGCUCAUUUCCACUCCUCUUUAGUUCCUGCCAUUGCUGGAUUGCAGCAACAUUUAUUUGACAGUUUUACACAUCUCAGCACGUUGUGUGUAAAAGCAAGUAUGGUUCACUAGAUCAGUUGGUGUAUAGAAUAUCCCAAGAGAAUUAUAUUGUAUGCAUGCAGCCGAUGCUUGUCGUCGUUUUUUUUAACUUGAGAUUUAUGAUUUUUUUUUUCUGUCUGAUCUUGAAUGUUGCUGCUUUUUCUCUGUGCGUCAGAGGCAAGCUGGCCCUGUGAUCAACCUUUCUGUACAUUUGAUUACAAACAAGUGCCUGGGAACUGUAGUUUUUAGCAUGGUGACCCUACGACUGGAUUUGGGAGGCAGAGCCACUUCAGGAUGGGGCCGUCGUUUGGUCUCCCUUUGUAGAAAAAAGCAAAAAGAUAAAUCACUGUGUACUAGGUGACAAAAUACCGGUUGGGUGUUUUCGGUUGUUGUUAUUCACUCGUGAACAGUGUCUAACGAUGCGAUGGCCCUGAUCGUGCCGUUUACUGGCGGUGAGCUGCGGAUCUGUGACCUCAGACUGUAACAGAGAAAGAAUUCCCACCUCCUUUUUAGAUGCAGGCAGAGGCGCUCACAGCAGAUGUUGGAGCCCCCGCUGUGAAAACCAGAUCCAGAUGAGCUGAUUUGAGAAAACCUGGUGCCAUUUCCCUCCACUGUUUUAUAAAAACCAAACCCUCUUGACCUCACAGUUUUGAAAUCUUCAUAAAUCCCAGUUUGAAUCUGUUUUUGGCUGGAUCAGCAUGUUUGACAUCGUCUGUGCUUUAACACUUUUUGCCAUAUUUUCUCAUGAACUUUGAAGAAACACCAGUAGUUAGCUGGGUUUGAAACAAAUAGACCUGAUUAUAGGUACUUAGGAAGAACAAAAGUGAUUUAUUUUCAUAUGAUCUUCUAAAGAGUUUUGUACCUGUUAAGAAAACGUUUGUCAAGUUAUUAUUUUUAUUAUUUAUGAGUUCUAGCUCUUUUUUGGACUAUUUGCCUAAUUACAUGGUAUGAUUAAUCUUUAAAAUUUGUAAACAGUCGUCUAAAACCCCAGACAAGAAUAUGAAUAGGUCCAUCUGGGAAGUAGAGAAGUAUAUUUAUGAGAUAUUAUGCUUAUAAAUGUAACUUUAACAUUUAGUCUUUCAGAAAAAAAUGGGUAGCAGGCAGAUCUUUUAUGUGCGUUAAAAUAUUUCAUUCAUGAGCUGCAGCUCCAGCCUUUCCAAAAGGAGAUCAUUUAGAUGAUAUGAGCAGAUAUUUGAACAGGCUCCGUGGCAGGCUGCCUUUCUGAGAACAAUUCUCUUACAUGUCAUGCUGGAUUUGUUAUUUAUUUUUUUUAUUUUUUUUGACUGUGCCAUACAGAGCAAGGUAUGAUGGGUAACUGGGGCUUGAAAGAUGAGGCUCUACCAAAAGAGUUGUUGAAAAGGUUUGUUUGUGUUAAAGCUUUCGUGAGCUGUUUUGGCCGCUGAGUUCAGCUGCCGCUGACGAAGCGUGUUCAACAGGAAGCGUUGAUAGGACGUCUCCAUGGCCACUCUGUUGUUUGGGUGCAGGCCAGGAAACUUUAAGUGUGUAGCUGAGCACAACAGGGUUGUUGUUUUCUUUAAGACUUUUUUCAGCCCAAAACAAAAAAGUGAGGACCGGAAAAAUAUUCUAGAUCGGGCUUGAUUAAAAAAGAAAAUGGUAAUAGUUGUUUGUGGAAGGAAGAGCAGGCCUGUAGAUAUGGCUUUUCUUUUCAUAGUUAUCUUCUGCUGUGCAGGAAUCUUUCCUUUUAUUUUUGUUUCCACAUUAUUCAUGAUUGUCCUCAGUUCUGCAGCCUAUUUUUUAAAGAGUUACUAUAAAUUAUAAUUUGCACUCAUUUUUGGUUCUCUGUAUUUCCAAACAUUUAUGUUUUGUACCGUGCGCUCUUGCAGGUUCUUGAAAAAUUGAUGUGUGUUAAAAAAAAAUCCUUUCAUCCUGUUAAGUGCUUUGUAUUGUUUGCAACUUGUCACCGUUUGAACGCUAAGAUGGUAAAACAGGUCCUGAGAGAAGUGUCUAAAUGACACACAGAGUAAGGUAAACCCUGCAAAAGCUGAACUUCGUCUUGGUGUUUGCUGACCAAAGAGGCCUGCGGUCCUCCUCCUCUAUCUUUAUACUCUCCAAGCUCCCCUUCAUGUGAAGAUGUGUGUUCUAAAGCCUGCAGGCAUAGACGUGGCUGUAAAUACACGUGUGUGUGUCUGAACACUCUUAUUUGUUACAGGUACUGUUUACAUAUGUGUAAAUAUGCUCUCACCUGUUCAUUUGCGUGCAACAUUAAAUGAACUAAAGCUUGUGCUCUUGAUUAAAGCAUCUUUAUUCUG